GAGGGGGCCGCGCCGAAGUGCGUGGCUGGCGAGGCCGCUGGAUGCGCCGAAGGUCGAUCCUUGCUUCCGUAUUCAGCGGGCUGCUCCGUGCGCGGCGGCGAGCGGGACGCGGCCUUGGCCUCAGACUUCGCCAGCCCUGGCCACGCGUGGUUGUGCGGGAGCGCCUGCGAGACGUUCGGUGAGUGGACGCAGGUGGAAGCGACGGAUCUCAUUCCGGGCUUGAUGGCAGAGCCCACGCCGGAGAUGGAGGUGGCUUGCGCUGGACAUCCAGUACUUUACCCUUAUUACGAGUUGUGGGUCAUGCACGACGCCAGCACCGCUGCGGCCGUGCCCGCCGAGAGAGGCGUCGCCGACAGCGACAUCUUCUUCGGAAGCCAGCAUGUUGUCCCUCCGCCGCCUGCCGUGAUGGCGCCCAUGCAGGACAAGAGUUCCUGCCAGCCGCCCCGCCGCCCCCUCCGCCACAGUCCUGGCCCGCGGCGGUCGGCGAG